AUGUCGACAUCUACGGUGGCCUUAUCAGGCAACGCCUUCCUCACGACGGUAGCAGCAGGAGCUGCCGAGGUCAUCAACGACAAUGGUCUGGCCAAUUGGAACAGCUCAAACACUAUCUGUAGCGCUUAUUUUCGCAUGGCCUCUACCACCGACGUGACCCUCGGGCUAAACACAUACUUAGCGGGGAGUAACAACAGUACUGUCAGAGUCACUGUCAAUGGAACUGCCACAUUCACGGUCCAUCUCGCUGGCACAACUCCCAAAACCUAUUCUGUUGGCACUGUCUUGAAGGUGACCGGUGACUUGCAGGGUGUGACCAAGGACGGUGGCUUUUUCGGCGACGUGUCGGGCUUGAGUGUGACCACGACUUCUGCGCUCGCUUAUGCCAAUGACCCAGCGAACUAUUACUGGUCGCGUCGUGGCCCAUCAGUUCACAUGUGGUACACCGUGCCGGCCAACAGCGAGUACUUCUACAAUGAGGUUACCAUUCCCGCGGGCCAGGAUGUCAUCGGGUCGUACUUCAUGGUCGUGGGCUUUUCUGGUGGCUAUUCCGGCAUUCAGGUCAACUCGGCAACUGAACGCCGGAUCCUCUUUUCCGUCUGGGAUGCAGAUAACGGCGAGAAGACCACGCUCGUGAGCAAGGGUGCAGGAGUUGUUGACAAUAUCUUUGGUGGAGAGGGAACCGGAGGCCAGACAUACCUCGUUUUCAACUGGGUGGCCAGUACCACCUACAAGUUCAUUACGCGCAUCCGUCCUGAUGGUUCAGACAGCACUCUCUACUCAAUGUGGUUCUUUGUGCCACAGUCAAACUCAUGGCGCUACAUCGCCACCUGGAAGCGUCCUUCUACCAACACAUACCAGUCCGGUGUCUACUCCUUCGUAGAGAAUUUCAACGAUACUCUAGGCUAUACUGGUCGCCGUGUGCAAUACGGUAACCAGUGGGCACGCAAUGUCAACGGUACCUGGUCCGAGGUCACCGCUGGUAACUUCACAGGUGAUGAUACUGCAAACAAAGCGCAGCGCAUGGAUUAUGUGGGUGGCCUGGAGAAUGGACGCUUCUACCUCCGCAACGGCGGCUUCUUUGCCGACUAUGUGCCACUCAACCAGAACUUCAACCGCCCAGCUACUGGCACACAGCCCAUGGUUGAUGUGAACACCCUGCCGACCCAGUGA